AAGAAGAAAGAAAGAAAGAAAGAAAGAAAGAAAGAAAGAAUGAAGCCCAUUGCAACCUUUUUCUUUGUCUUUACACUAUGCCUCUUAAUUGUGCUGCCACAAGAGAUUGCUGCAAAUCAAGAGGGUGUGGUCACCGAGCAAAUUCAGCAAGCUUGUGAACACACAGCUCACAAGCCUCUGUGUCUCUCAACCCUAUCGUCUGACCCAAAUAGCCAACAAGCCACCAACCUAACAAUCCUGGCUCAGGUUGCACUCUCUAUCGCAUCCCAAAAUGCCUCAGACAUCACUGACUUGGUUAAGACGUUGGUAAAUGACCAGAGUUUAGAGCCUCGUGUUCAGCAAGCCCUAGCUGACUGCUUGGACCAUUAUCUUGACGCAGCUGAACAGCUUGAUGACUCGCUUGCUGCUUUGAGUGUGGGUGCCCAUGAAGAUCUCAAAACUUGGGUGCAUGUAGCCAUUGAUGAUGCUGGUUUAUGUGACGCAGGGUUCAAGGGACUCAAGGAAAACGUGAUGCUUCAUAAGAACAAAGUCUUUCACCACUUAUGCCAGAAUGCCUUAGCCAUCGCCGAGGUCUCGGUCUCAGCAGCUGGAAAGUGAAUUUUCAUCACGUAGUCUCUCAAUUGGUGCUAAAUGCUUUUACUUUUUGUCCCUAGGAGCUCGUUUCUAUAUUAUGUUUUCUUUACUUAACAUUGCUCUGUUAUUAUGUUA